AUGCUCAAGGGCGUCAAGCUUUGGCCAUCUUCGGCACAGGCUCAGCAGCCCCAACCGUCCAAGGACGCUGGGGACUCUGAUACCCUCGCGCCCUCUUCAUCCUUCCUCGGCGGUCCCGCUGACCAAGCGACACCGAGGGCUUCGCAAACCGCCAACCCCUUUGACACCAUGUCCGCGCACCAGGGCUCGAACGCACCCACGCUCUCCAAGGCCACGUCGGCUCUCUCGCUGAACGCCCCCAACUCGCCCGCGAACGGAGGACGAACCCCUACGACGGUCGGCUUCGGACCCAUCGGAACACCUGGUGCCGCCCCGGCCACGACUGGCGUUACGAUCGGAGACACGAUGGGCGGCGUUGGAGGACUCGGUUUCGGUCUCCACGAGCCCCCCAAGAUGCUCAAGGCCAUCAACACUAGCAGCGGCGUGUCUCGGUCCAUGGACGGGGCCACGACUCCCACGUCCGCGGAUCAGCCCCAGACCCCCUCUCAGAGCAUCCGUGGAACGCUCAACGUCAAGCUGAUCCAGGCCCGCGGUCUCGCCGUUCAGAAGCACGCCGAUGGAGAGGACCCCCAGCCCUACGUCGUCAUGCAGUUUGAGCAGAACGAGUUCGUGUCCCGCUCCCCGCACCCCGUCUCCAACCCCUCGCACGUCCCCUUCACGCAAUCUCAGCCCCAGCCUGUCAACCGCGCUACGUCGGGCGGACUGGGAUCUAUCACGCGCGCAUUCUCGGACGCCAUCGGCCGCAAGAAGAGCAACGACGGCAACCGGACACCCCAGCCGGGAGACCAGCAGCAGGUCGGGUCCUGGUUCGGCAAGCCUGGUCCGGGCGACCCCAUCUGGAAGGAGGAGGUGACCUUCGACCUGACACAGCACACGUCCCAACUGUCUGUGUCCAUCUACGACAGGAAUAAGGCGGGCGAGGGUUUCCUCGGCAUGCUCACGAUCAAGCCCACCCUCAGGGACGGCUUCACGACUGACCAGUGGUACAAGAUUGGCUCGCGCGAGUCGGAGCAGGUCACUGGCGAGAUCUGGAUUCAGACCACUUUCCACGCGACCCGUAACAAGGUGCACCUGAAGCCGUCCGACUUUGACUUCCUCAAGCUUAUCGGGCGUGGAACGUUCGGCCGCGUGUUCCAGGUCCGCAAGAAGGACACGAAGCGUAUCUACGCCAUGAAGGUCCUGUCCAAGAAGGAGAUCGUCGCGAAGAAGGAGGUCGCCCACACGAUCGGAGAGCGCAAGAUUCUGCAGCGCUCGCUCGAGUGCCCCUUCCUUGUCGGCCUCAAGUUCUCGUUCCAAACCGAGAAGGAGCUCUACUUUGUCACCGACUACAAGUGCGGCGGUGAGCUCUUCUGGCACCUGCAGAAGGAGGGCCGUUUCUCCGAGGAUCGCGCGCGCUUCUACAUCGCCGAGCUUGUCCUUGCCCUCGAGCACCUGCACAAGUACAACAUUGUGUACCGUGAUCUGAAGCCUGAGAACAUUCUGCUCGACGCCACGGGACACAUUGCUCUCUGUGACUUUGGUCUGUCCAAGCCCGACCUCACGAACGACCAGCUCACCAACACCUUCUGUGGAACGACCGAGUAUCUUGCGCCCGAGGUCCUGCUCGACGAGAAGGGAUACGGCAAACACGUCGACUUCUGGUCGCUCGGCGUGCUUCUGUUCGAGAUGUGCUGCGGCUGGUCGCCGUUCUACGCCGAGCAGACGCAGGAGAUGUACCGCCUCAUCUGUUACGGCAAGAUUCGCUUCCCCAAGCACGUCAUUGGCGACGACGGCAAGCAGUUUGUCAAGGGUCUGCUGAACCGUAACCCGCAGAACCGUCUUGGAGCCAAGCGCGGCGCCGCCGAGCUCAAGGAGCACCCCUUCUUCAAGUCGAUCGACUGGGACGCGCUGUACAAGAAGCAGAUCACGCCGCCGUUCAAGCCCAUCGUCGACUCGGACGAGAGUGUCGCCAACUUUGACCCCGAGUUCACCAACUCGACGCUGGCCGAGGCAGGUGUCGACAUUUACGACGACGACCACUACGCCGGCCCCGAGCCCGGACGUCACCAGUACGUCGGUCCUGGCGGCAGUCUGUCGAACCCGUCCUACAUGGGCCAGGCGGGCGGCAUGGCGAUCAACAAGUCGCAGCGGCCACCGGCACAGAACAUCAACGGGUCGCCGCUCACGUCGUCGGUGCAGGAGAACUUCCGCGGCUUCACGUACACGGGCGAGUCGCUCGUGCCUGCGUCGUUCCUUGCGGACCAAGGCAUGGGCGACGUCGAGGAGGAGGACAACGAGGAGGCGGUCGAGGACGACGACGAGUACUCGGACGAGGACAGCAUGGACGGCCAGCGGACACGCCGACAAUCGGACGUUGACAUGGAGUAG